ACCCGGUGUCUAUGAACCAAAAUAAAAUAAUAUAUUUUUUUCCACCAAUACUUAGCCAAAAUUUACAACACUUCACUCUUCCCUUCAAACCUAAACCUAUAUCGCGCCGUCCACUGUAUACCGUCGCGACGCCACCACUACUUUCCUCCUCACUGCUAGCCGUCUGACCAUCUCUCUCAGCCUCAUCUCCCUCUUCCUCUUCCUAGAUCGACGCCCCUUCUCUUAGCCUUAUUCUUUUGUGUUUGAUUAUAAAUGAUCCCAAUUCCAGCCCACCGCUCGUCGCGGAUUUUAGUUGUCUCACCCUCAGCUCUUGUUAUUUCGGCGUCAAGAACUCAUUCAUCGGGGUAAAUCUUCCUCCUCCACGCUCCUAUCGUUGUUCGUCGUGAUGUUUUCGGUAGAUUGUUUCAUUUGCCCUACUGAUCUCGAUUUAGGGUUUCGAUCGGAACUUGUAGGACAGGCUUCGUGCCGUCGUUAAGAAUACACUAAGAAAUUUGUCCUUGAUAGAUUUUGAUUUUUGUUCCAUUUUCCCUCUACGAGGCGUCGAACCAGGAGUGGUUGUCGUCGUUGCUGCGAGUCAGAACUGCCAAUCGGACGCGCAGAGAGUUUUUAUUUAUUGGCUGGCAUAAUGAAGGAUCACUGCAUCUGGAAUUGAGUCUUUCUUAAGCACGUGGCAAAGUUAUAAUGUCUUGGCUUCUAAAUUCAACUCUUAAUGGUUCAACAUCUAAUCUUGCGGACUCCUCAGGCCGACCCUAUACCAUAUUGUUUUCUGGUCAGUCUGCGGCGGUGCCUAGGUUCCAUCCUUUUGGUGGUCUUCAAGGAUUGCAUAAUAUUCAUGGAAGCUUCAACCUGCCAAAUGUGCCUAGUUCGCUUGCAUCCAGAGAGGCCGCAAUGGGUGUUGUACCAUCAGGUGGUGUUCAGCAACUAGGAGGAAGCAUUCCUAGUGGACGGUUCUCAUCAAACAAUCUUUUGGUUGCAUUAUCUCAGAUGCCUCAUGGCUCUGGUGUCACAAAUAGAGUGGGUAUUAAUGUUGUUGGAAAUCAUGCUUUUAGUAGUAGUAAUAUUAAUGGAGUCACUAGGUCAAUAACUGGUAUUUCCUCAAGUUCAGCUUCUGGGAAUCAUAGUUCUGUUCCUAGUUUGGGAGUUUCUCCAGUAUUGGGUAAUGUAGGGCCAAGACUUACAAGCUCUAUAGGCAACAUUGUUAGCAGUGGUAACAUGGGAAGAAGCAUCAGUUCUGGAGGAUUAUCUGUGCCCAGUUUAGCUUCACGGGUAAACUUAGCUACUAAUAAUGGGUCAGGGAGUCUCAAUGUACAAGGAACCAACAGAUUAAUCAAUAGCAUGCUUCAACAGGGUAGUUUUCUUGCUUUCCUUGAAGCUCUUCAAUUUCUGUUUGCAUAUUAAUUUAAUCUUGGCGCAAGUGUCUAAUUACUUCCUUUUUUCUGAAAGGACAAACUUCUCAGUAAUUUUAAUAAGACAUUUUGCAGAAAAGUCUAUUCCUAAUAUAAAAUCUGUUGUUACUAUGGAGCCUAGAAUCUGUCUGUCAGUACCUCCCUGGGUGCUUUUGGUAUUCUUAUUUUAAAAGCGCCUUCUAAUAUUUUACAGGUGAUUUUUAUGAAUAGUGGGCCACGUAUACUGAUCAAGUGUGCUGCCUAUAUGGUGGAAAAAUGUUGCAAUUCAUUCAAAGUUCAAACCCAUUUAGGUUGAAAUAAAAAAAAAAUCUAAUUGGAUUCACUUAUCUUCCUAGAAAGGACUUAAUGAAAUGGCUACUAUGAUUAUUUUUCUUCUUUUAGAGAUGGCUAAUUAUUGUGAUUGUGGAACACUAAACUAAGUUUUUGAUUUGGUUAAAUGUAACUUACAAGUGGUAAACAUUUGUUGUUUAAGUGAUAGACAGCAAUUUGAGAUUAAAUCAGUAGAGAUUUUUAGAUCAAUUUUGAUUUAUUGUAGGAUGAAUCCAAGUUAAUUUUAGGUUUAGGUUAAUCUUAAUUGUGCUUUAAUCUUAUUUGAGCCUUUUCUCAUGAUUUGGUUUGAUUUUGAUAUUAUUAAAUUACCUUUUUGUCUUAUGAAUAUAAGUUUCACUGUGAGUUGAGCUAGAUUGCUUUUGUUAUUUUGGUGACAUUUCAUUGUGGUUGAGCUAUAUUGAUGUUACUAUAUUCACAUCCAAUGGCCCUUGAAUUGUGAUCUUGUUUGUAUAUCCACCCUGUUUGUGAUUAAAUUUCAAAUGGCAUGCAUUGUCUAUAGGAAGAGAAUUGAACCAUAUUGACAAAAUGUUUUUGAUUUAUUUUUCUCUUUUAGCUUUUUGAUGUUGUGAAAACAGGAUGUGAAUCACAUAUCCUUUUUAGACUUGAACAUCUUGAUAUCAGUGAUAUAGGAUCUUAUAUAUAAAAAAAAACUACUGUUUAUCUGAUUUAGUUUGUAUUGUCAAGGUACUCUGGUAUGCUUGAAAAGGAGGUAAAGAACCCACAUAUUCCAUAUAGGUUCUAUCAGCUUUGGGAGAUGUGAUCUCUGCUCUUGCCUCCAAGAACCCACAUAUUCCAUAUAGGUUCCUUCUAAUGCUCAUAGUCAUUUGAAUGAAUUAUUGUCAAAUAGAGGUACACCAAUGUAUUUGUUUUCUCGCUACUAUUUAUGUCCUUAUGUCUCAUUUUGCUAGAUUUUUGUGGAGGGAGUGUUAAUAUUCAUCAAAUCUUAACCAUCUGACGCAUGCAUGUCAUAUGCUUUAAUGCACUGCCAGAAUUAUCCACCUUAAAAUUGAGUUAGACAAAAUGGUUCACCAUUAUCAUCUGAUCAAUAACUGAAAGUGGCGUUACUAAAGUUCUAGUGUUAUUUGCAUACACACACACAUAUUGUUAAUAUGGGCAGGCCAUUGGCCUUCACUUAAAAAAAUAUUGGAAUAAGUGCAUCUGUGCAUCUCACAUAAUAAAACAAUCAAUUUAAACAAUUGCUUUAUGAUUAAGUAUGCAAAUUGCUACUCUCCAUUCUACAAAUCAAAGUGCAAGCAUGGACACACAUAUGUAAAUGCCAUAAAUUUUUUCUCAUCAAUGCUAUAUUGAGAACCAGAUCAAUUACAACAUAUAGAAAUUUCUCUGAUAUGCUAGCUAAAGGGUCUCAGGCAUUCCCCUUUCUGAUAUUAUGCUAGUUGGUGAGAGAUUGAGCAGGAUUCAUUUGAAAUGCACUCUACAGGGACUGGAUUGGUCUUACUUCAUCAUUUGAAUUUGCAAAUUUAGCUGGUUUAGUAGAGAAGAUCAUGUGAACUCCUGGAUCUUCUUGGAUGCAAGAACUCUCAUGAAUCAAUGAGUUGUUGAUGCUCUGAACAUCGCUAUUCACACUUGUGCUAAUGGAGGGGACUUCAGUAAUUGCCAUUUUAGGUGCAUCCAUGAGAGCUUUGUCUUUGACCUUGCUUCCUGCACUUUAACAGAUUAUUUCAAAUGUGCAAAUCAAAGAAGCUGAGCAAACAAGUAAAAAUUACCAGCAAAAGGUAAGAGAACUGGAGAAUCAAUUAAAUGGUGAAAGGACAACCAAGAAGGAUGUUGCAAAGUUCCCAAAGCCUCCAGUGACUCCUUUAAGAUGGAGGCCUUCUUUACAAAGAAUUACCAAUAAGUUGUCACUCUCAGGACAUCAAACAAGCAGAGGUGCCUAUCCAGUAAUAGAUAAAGAAAAUUAUCUAUUAACAAAUAAAACUACUGGGGAAGAUUUAGUUAAAUCUCUGCAUAGAGCAAGAAGGAUAACGUUGGCACCAGUAAGAAACAUAUUUGUGUACUAUCUAUUACC